AUGCGGCCGCUUGCUGUGUACGCGCUCUUGGCCUCGGCCGCUGGACUCGUCACUGCUGGGCCAGUUUCUGCGAGAAAGGCGACCGGAAGGCAAUCCGAUUCAGACCUACUGAAUCAACUAAUUCGGGGCCUCCAAAACGGUGGGAAUGGAGGGAACGACAACGGAGGCAAUGGCAAUGGCAAUGGAGGGAACGGUGGAGGAAACGACGGGGCUGGGCUUACCCUGACUCCAGCACCGGGCUCAGAGACGACAAUCACUCUCAGCAUCACGCCCGGACAACCGUGGCCAACUCAACCUCCACCAGCAGGCGCGCCCCAACCGCCAGGCUCCGACGUGCCCUCAUCGCCACCACCAUCACAAGAUCCGGGACUGACCCUUGGCCCGGGAUCCAAUACCACGAUUACUAGCCAAAUUGUGCCUACAUCCGGAACUCCGCCGUCCGGAGCACCGGAGGCAAGUCCGCCGCCAAACCCCACCUCUUCCUGCGGAUGCCCGCCGAACGCAUCUCCUCCCGCCAACCCGCCUCCUAUGACGCCCAUUCCUGUGUUGCCUCCUCCCCAAACACCACUUCCUAUCAUCCAAUUAUCCUUCAUCACCGUUACGACGUUUGCAGAUGGCCCAGCCCCUACUGUUACCAUUACAGAACGGGCGUCUACCAUCACACAGACGAUUACCCAGCAGGUCGCCACUGCAAGCAUCACGUUCAUUGGGGGCAACUCGCCCCCGAAUGGCAAUUCGGAUCAAUCUACCGUCACCGUGACUGUCACUGUCCCCCCUGGUGGUGAUGCCCAAGCCCCUGAUGCGAGCCAUCCCACCGUGAUCGAAGCCACGCCAAAUAAGGACGGCAACGGAGUCGGCGUCUCCGUCAUCUCCAUCUUCAACCCCGGCGCCCCAACACCGACGCCUCAGCCACGACAGUCCACGUCUCUUCCUUCGCCUCCGCCGCCCGCCGCCGAGAUCAACCCGCCCGCGUCGUCCACAACCAGCAGCUCGUCCACCGUGGUCCCGCCCACAGAAAACUCCAGCCCCGCGCCAGCGCCUGCCGAGUCGUCGUCGACCAGCGCCCCUCCGGCGGCCGAGACUCCGGACACCUCGGCGCCGCGCGAGUCGGCCGUGCAGGGACCGCCCAGUGUGAUCGAUUCCACGAGCACCACCCCAGCGCAGCCAGCAGUCACUGUCCCCCCGCCGCUGCCGAUUGAUCUGUCAGGCGUCAAGCUGAGCAGCCAGCUGGACCUGGGCAACUUGGUGGUUGCGGCCACCACGGCUGUCCAGACCUAG